AUGACUCGCCGGCGCCGUGCAAAGUCUGGUUUCCACGCGCUUGGAGACACCGCCCGCGGCCAGUACGCACGGAAGGAGAUGCAGAUGCGGGGCGAGGUACGGAAAGGGCUGAAGGACAUACUAGUGACGCGCGUUGGCGACGUGGACCCCAAGGUGUCGAUGCAUUGGACAGUGAGCGGCCUCUACCGCAACAUCUACCUUCGCCACCGCCUCAAACUUGUCGGGUGGCCGAAGGGGAUCGCUUUCGGUGACUUGAGCAAGACGGUGACCGGGCUGGACCGGAUCUCAAUACUCGUCCAGGCCCUACGGAGCGGGGACCUCACAUUUGAGCCUAUCUCACAGGCCGAGUACGAUGCUGCUAAGCAGAAUCCUCUGCUUGCGGCGCCCACUCACCUGAACGGAGGCCUGAGGCCGCAUCCGAGCCGCAACGACACCGGGAGGCGGCGGGGCAGCAGCAAGGUUGACCCAGCAAUCUACCCCCCUCGACACGUGCGAGAUGGGCCGAAGUCGUCGAAAGUGGUGUCGGACGAAGCAGAGGCAAGGGCGGAGGGACCGGAGGAGCCGCACGAGCUGUUCAAGGGCGGGCAGCUGUAUGCGGGGCCGCGUCCUGGCCGAUUGUGCAUCUUGAACUGA